UUUAGGGUUGUAAGAAGGCCAUUUUGAUUAAUUUCAGCUCAACCUCCUGUAAACCCAUUUGAGUUAAACUGAACUACCCGAAAUCGAAUCGUGUUCUUUCUUUCUUCAUUUGGCUGCAAAAAAGCCUUCCAAAUAUGGGAGAUCAUACUACUUAUGCCGCCACCGCCUCCAAGAAGCUUCCGAUUCCUGGGAAGCGGAAUAUCCUCAUUACAAGCGCGCUGCCUUAUGUCAAUAACGUGCCUCACCUCGGCAAUAUCAUUGGAUGUGUGUUGAGUGCGGAUGUGUUCGCGAGGUACUGUAGAAACAGAGGUUACAAUGCAAUAUAUAUCUGCGGUACGGAUGAGUACGGUACGGCUACUGAGACUAAGGCGUUGGAGGAGAAAUGUUCUCCAAAAGAAAUUUGCGACAAUUGUCCAACUCCUGGCUGUAAUUAUGAUUCUGCACGUGGUGAUCAAUGUGAAAAGUGCGGGAAACUUUUAAAUCCCACAGAAUUACUAGAGCCAAGAUGCAAGGUCUGUGGUAAUAUUCCAAAUAUCCAAGAAACAAACCACUUGUUUCUUGAGCUUCCUCUGCUGAAGGAUAAAUUAGAAGAAUACAUAAACAAAAUGUCAGUCGCUGGAGGGUGGAGCCAAAAUGCCAUACAAGCAACACAUGCCUGGCUUAGAGAAGGGCUGAAACAGCGUUGUAUCACAAGAGAUUUGAAAUGGGGAGUUCCUGUUCCGCACGAGAAGUUUAAGGACAAGGUAUUCUAUGUAUGGUUUGAUGCACCUAUUGGAUAUGUCUCAAUUACUUCAUGCUACACACCAGAGUGGGAGAAAUGGUGGAAAAAUCCUGAAGAUGUAGAGCUCUAUCAAUUUAUGGGCAAGGAUAAUGUGCCUUUUCAUACUGUGAUGUUCCCUUCCAUGCUCAUUGGAACAGCUGAAAACUGGACUUUGAUGAAGACCAUAAGCGUUACAGAAUACUUGAACUAUGAAGCAGGGAAAUUCUCGAAGAGUAAGGGUGUCGGUGUUUUUGGAAAUGAUGCAAAGGACACAGGCAUUCCUGUUGAAGUAUGGAGAUACUACUUGCUGACAAAUAGGCCAGAGGUGUCAGACACGUUGUUUACGUGGACUGAUUUGCAAGCAAAGUUGAACAGUGAGUUGCUGAGCAAUCUAGGAAAUUUCAUUAAUCGAGUCUUAAGUUUCAUCGCGAAAGACCCAGGUUCAGGAUAUGGUUCCAUUAUUCCUGAUGCUCAGGGUGCAGAAUCGCAUUCAUUGACAAAAGUAUUGGGAGAAAAAGUCGGUAGUUAUGUUGAGCAGUAUAUUGAAGCAAUGGAGAAGGUGAAACUAAAACAAGGUUUGAAGAUUGCUAUGUCUAUAUCUGGAGAAGGAAACGCUUAUUUGCAAGAAAGCCAAUUCUGGAAGCUCUACAAGGAGGAUCUACCUUCUUGUUCCGUGGUUAUGAAAACAUCAGUUGGACUAGUGUAUCUUCUCGCAUGUCUCUUAGAGCCUUUUAUGCCAUCUUUUUCCCUUGAGGUACUGAAGCAGCUAGACUUGCCCCCUGAAACACAAAUUUCACUUUCUGAUGAAAAAGGUGAUAUUGAAAGGGCAAAAAAACCUUGGGAGAUCAUACCGGCAGGUCAUAAAAUUGGUACUCCAGCACCACUCUUCAGAGUACUGGAAGAUAAAGAGGUUGAGUUUUUCAGAGAGAAAUUUGCUGGAAGUCAAGCUGAUAGGAUUGUAAAGGCAGAAGCUGAAGCAAAGAAGCUUACUGAAAAGUUGAAAGGAACUAAAGUCUCAGAUGGUAAUACUUCAAAAAAGGAUCGACCCAAAAAAUCUGCUGAAGCCAAACCCAACGUUUCUGCAUCUGUGGAAGCUGAAAUUUCCAUUAGUAGAUUAGAUAUUCGUGUUGGUCUCAUUACAAAGGCCCAGAAACAUCCCGAUGCUGAUUCUUUAUAUGUGGAAGAGAUUGAUGUUGGUGAAGCACAGCCUCGCACUGUUGUUAGUGGCCUGGUUGAGUAUAUCCCUCUGGAAGAAAUGCAGAAUCGGAAAGUAUGCGUUCUUUGUAACCUGAAGCCAGCAGCAAUGAGGGGUAUAAAGUCCCAAGCAAUGGUCCUUGCUGCUUCUAAUAGUGAUUACACGAAGGUUGAAUUGGUUGAACCUCCCCAAGAUGCCAUUGUUGGUGAAAGAGUGACAUUCCCAGGAUUUGAAGGCACACCCGAUGAGGUUUUGAACCCUAAGAAGAAGGUAUGGGAAACAUUGCAAGUCGAUUUGCACAGUGAUAAGAAGAUGGUGGGUUGCUACAAAGACAUGCCCUUUACCACAUCUGCAGGUGUUUGCAAAGUUUCGUCCAUUAGAGAAGGGUCAAUAAGGUAAGAUAGGCUUUGAAAAUUCUGGGUGGAACAGAUAAGGGAAAAUG